CCGUUAGCCCCUCGCUGGCCACGGUCGCGAGCCCCUCGCUUUCCCGCCGGCGACUCUAUUAAAGCUAUCGCUUCCUCGCUCUCCAGCUCAGUCCAUCCCUCGCGCCCCGCCUUUCCCGAUCUAUCUAUCAGCUCUCGCAGUCGCAGAUCCUCGAGCAAGAAGCCGCCUGUGCCCGCGCUAGGUAAAAAUCCAUGGCGAGCGGAGGGCGUGCGGCGCACAAGGCGUUCCUGCUGUGCAACUACGCGCUGCUGGGCGCCGCGUCGGCCUGCAUCUUCCUCGCGCUCUCGCUCCGCCUCGCGCCUUCCCCGUGCGGCCUGCUCCUCGUCUUCCUCCACGCGCUCACCGCCGUCUUCGCCGCCGCGGGUUGCUCGGGCUCCUUCACCGACGGCGGGGCCGGCCGCGCGCACACGGCGCACACGGCGGGGGCCGUCCUCACCGCCAUCUUCCAGGGCGCCGCCGCGCUGCUCGCCUUCACCCGCACGGCCGAUUUCCUCGCCGAGCUGCGGUCCUACGUCCGGGAGGAGGACGGCGAGGUGAUCCUGAAGCUGGUGGGCGGGCUCGGCGCCGCUAUCUUCGUGCUCGAGUGGGCCGCGCUCGCCCUCGCGUUCGCUCUCCGGCUCGACGACGACGGCGGCGAGGAGGCGCACGCCGAGUACUCCAAGAGCUGGGCGUCAGGUUACCAUGUCUGAUUCUGCUGUGAUCCAGCAUUAGAGAGAGCCUAGAGACUGGAGAAAUUCACGCACAAAAAUCAUAAACGAGGGAUAUUUUUGGUUCUUAAAGCUUGGUGGAUAUUCAGCUGUUAUUACUGUGAUCAUGUACUAAAGUGCAAAGGCAAAUGUAUUGCUUUGCUCUGUAUUCAUUUCAUUCAUUUAUCCGAUCUGGUAUAAAUUGGAAGGAAAUUUUUUAAUUCAA